GAGGGAGAAGAGAUAGAGAGAGAGAGAGAGAGAGAGAGUUUGGACCAAUUUGCAGGGAGAAGAGAUAGAGGGUUUGGUUUGGACCAAUUUGCUCCCAGGACAGGACAGGACAGGACAGGGGUGAUGGGGAAGCUGGACCAAGGUUCAGUGGCUGUUUGCCUCUGGCUGGUGAUGGUGGGAGGGAGUUGGGGUCUAUCAGAGGGUUGGGGGUCUUUGAAGAACGAUGCCACUGAGCUCCUGCCCCAGUUCACAGAGGUGCUGAUCCCUGAGCCUGGAAACCACAGCCUCAACCGAGCCAAACAGAGCAACAGAAGACACUUCCAACACACAGACUCCCAAGGGCGAACAGAGUUCAGCUGCCGGGAGCUUCGAUCGACCCGUUACAUCUCGGACGGCUCGUGCCGGAGCCUCAAGCCGGUGCGGGAGCUGAUCUGCUCGGGCCAGUGCCUGCCGGCUCACCUGCUGCCCAACUCCAUCGGCCGGAGUCGUUGGUGGAGCCGGCACAGGCCUUCGGAUUACCGGUGCAUCCCCGCGCAUUCCCGCACCCAGCGAGCCCGCCUGCGCUGCCAGAACGGCGAGACCAGGACCUACAAGGUGCGCGUGGUGACCGGCUGCAAGUGCAAGCGCUACUCGCGCCAACACAACCUGUCGGACGCCAAGAGCUUCGGCGAGAAGCCGGCAAAGGCCGGGAGGAACAAGAAGAAGAUCUCGCGGCAGGAGAGCGGGAGCAGGGAUAACCGUCACGAGCUCGCCGGGGGGUAUUAGCGGUGACGAACUGAAAC